UUUGCUGCGUCACGGCGGUGACCUUCACACAGUCCCACUAGAAAUCUGAAGAAACAUCUAGCUAGCGCGUCAAUUUGGUUUAAUUGCUAUCCAAGGUUAUAAAAGCUGAGGCCACUUUCAGUGACGCAAUUAGUCCUUCAUUGCUUUCGUUGAGACCGGGUUCUUUCUGAGCACAGCUUUUACAGAAAGUAAGCCAUGCCGAGGGGAAGCAGAAGCCGUACUUCACGGGUGGCACCGCCUGCUAGCCGAGCACCUGUUAUGAGAUCAGCGCCACCACCUGCAGCACGCCCACCAGCCCCUAUGGCACCACCUCCGUCUUCACUUGGUCCAACAGCAGCACCCAGGCAGCCGGGUCUGAUGGCACAGAUGGCUACCACAGCUGCUGGAGUGGCAGUGGGUUCUGCAGUAGGUCACACUUUAGGCCAUGCUAUCACAGGAGGCUUUGGAGGAGGAAGCAGUGCUGAGCCAUCAAGAGCAGACGUCACUUACCAGGAACCCGCACAGCCUAUGUAUCAGCAGCAGCAGUCCCAGUACACACCCUGCCAGUAUGAGCUUAAACAAUUUAUAGAAUGUGCUCAGAAUCAGAGUGACCUAAAGCUCUGUGAAGGUUUUGGAGAGGUACUAAAACAGUGUCGCUUUGCUAAUGGUUUACAGUAAAAAUUUGCUUCCAGAAUACAAGGAGAAUUUGCAAGUUUUUUUUGGAUGAACUGUUUGAACAAUUGGAAAACCUGACCGAAGACAUUUAAUCUGAAUUAAAUAGUGGAUCAUAUUGUUGAAACUAUACGUUUAAAAAAAAAAAAAAAAAACCCCUUUUAUGCUAACAAUGAAUUAGAUAUGGUAAAAAUACAGAAGAUUGAGAAAACAGGAAGAUGUACAAAUUAAUAUUUAAAACUCUGUCCUUCAAUUAUCAUUUGUAUUUUAUUUUAUUAAAUUUGUCUGUGAUACCAGGAA